AUGGGCUUCUUGCUGGACCAUAUUUCAUCUACUGUUCUUCUUUUUAGCAGAUUCUUCAUUCUGGAACUCAAUACAUCUACACCAGGACCAGAGCCAGAAACGAGCAUUCAUAUCCAACACCAAGAUCACCCUACAGUUCAACCCUGUGUCCAACACCAAAAAAAGUCCAAGGCUGAACCUCAAACUAAAUCGCAAAGGCGCAUUGAUGUCCCUCUCCUGACUCCUUGGCUUGCACCCAUUGUUUGGGAUGGAACUUUUGAUAAGGAUAUCCUGAAAGAGCAGUUCCAGGACAGGAAUAUCACCAUUGGAUUGACAGUAUUUGCAAUCAAAAAGUAUGUGGUCUUCUUGAAACUGUUUCUCGAAACUGCAGAGAAGUACUUCAUGGUGGGAUACAAAGUGAAUUACUAUGUGUUCACUGACCGGCCAGCUGAUGUUCCAAAAAUUCCUCUCCAAGAAGGAAGGAAGGUCAUUACAUUGGUGGUCCAGAACUAUGCCCGGUGGCAAGAUAUCUCCAUGCACCGGAUGGAAAUGAUUAGCAAUUUUUGUCAUCAGCACUUCUUCCAGGAGGUAGACUACCUUGCAUGUAUGGACGUAGACAUGAAGUUUAGUGAUCACCUUGGGGUAGAGAUCCUUUCCAACUUGUUUGGCACCCUUCACCCUGGCUUCUAUGGAGCUCAACAAAAGUCCUUUAGUUAUGAACGCCGGCCUCAAUCCCAAGCCUACAUUCCCAAGGGCAAGGGUGAUUUUUACUAUGCUGGCGGCUUUUUUGGGGGCAAAGUACAACAGGUUUAUGAAAUGACCAAAGCUUGUCACGAGGCUAUGUCGAUAGACAAGAGCAAUGGCAUUGAGGCAGUGUGGCAUGAUGAGAGCUAUUUAAACAAAUAUCUGUUUCUUCACAAACCCACCAAAGUCCUUUCCCCAGAAUAUCUGUGGGAUGAGCAGCUACUAGGGCGGCCAGCCUUCCUCAGGAAACUGAGGUAUGUGGCUGUGCCAAAGAACCAUGCUGAGAUUCGGAACAAAUGAAAGGAUUCUUCUUAUGAAGGAGUUGUUGAGGGAUUAUUUUAAAGACAGUAAAGCCAACACCUUCCCAGAAGUCAAUUAUAACCCAGCCUAAGCUGAAAUUAAUUUGAAAGCAGUUCUUUGACUCUAGUGUGAUAAAUUCAAAGAGUAUUGGAAUCAGGAAGACCUGAGUUCAAAUCUUGCUUCCAACACUUACUAGUUCUGAGACCUUGCAGCAAAUCAUAUGACCUCUCUAAGCCUCAGUUUCCUCACUGAUACAAUGAGGAUAAUGAUAGCACCUGCCUCCCAGGGUUGUGAGGA